AUGAAGAAAAAAGUAGAUAAUAGAAUAAAAAUAUUAAUAGAAAAUAAUAUUGCUCUUGGUCAGAGGAGCAUGUUUUUCGUUGUAGGUGAUGAAGGAAAGAAUGUGGUUGUAAAUUUUUAUUUUCUAUUAAAUCGUUUAAUUAAUCGAACACAUAAUAUAUUAUGGUGUUAUAAAAAGAAGUUAGAUUUUUCAACUAGUAAAAAAAAGAGAUAUCGUGAAAUGAAGAAGAAAAUAAAAAAGGGUACCUUUGAUCAAACUGUAGAUAAUAAUUUUGAUAUGUUUUUAAAAAAUGCAGACAUAAGAUUUUGUUUUUAUAAAGAGUCUAAAAAAGUAUUAGGAAAAACGUAUUCCAUAUGUAUAUUACAAGACUUCUCAUAUAUAACUCCUAACAUUUUAUGUAGAUGUUUAGAAACGGUUAUAGGAGGAGGAUUAAUAAUCUUUUUAAUAAAUAAACAAAACGAAUUAAAAGAUUUAUAUAAUUUAACUUUAAACUAUCAUAAAAAAUAUACAAUGAAUGGUAUAUGUAAUGUAUAUAAUAAUUAUAUACAUCGUUUUUUCUUAUCAUUGAAUAAAUGUGAAAAUGCCAUGUUUAUAGAUGAUGAAAUGAAUAUUUUACCGUUAAAUGAAAAUUAUUUAAAAAUUAAAAAAAUCACAUCUAAAGGGAGCGACGGAAAUUUUAUAGCAAAUCAUGUUACAAAAUUACAACAUAUAGAGGUUCAAAAGAAAGGAGAACAACAUGGUAGUAAUAUAAACAAUAAUGAUGAUGAUAAAUAUGAUGAUAAAUAUGAUGUUAAUGAUGAUAAUAAUAAUCAUUAUAAUAGUCGUCAUAUAAAAUCAGCCACCUUGGGAGGGUUUUUAUGCCCUGAUAAAGAUUUAUUACAAGAAAAAUUAAAACUUCUAGAAAGCAUAUGUGAAGAAAAUGAAAAAAAAAAAGAAGAAGAAAAAAUAUUUUUAUAUUCUUCAAAAUUUAGUAGAAAUGACACAUGUACAAAAGUAAACAAAAGUGGAGAUAUACAUACUAGUGAUAAUAAAUAUACACGUGAUACAUAUGAAACGUAUGAUAGUGUUACAAAUACCAGCACAACGGCAAACACUUACAAUAAUCAUAUUUCUAAAAAAACGAAAAAAAAGGAGGUAUACAGUUUUUUAGAUAGGAAUAUAAUGAAUUUAUUAAAUAUUUGUUUAAGUCUUGAUCAAUUAGAAGUUCUUUUAAAUAUGUGUAAAAUAUUAAGAAAUGAUGAAGAGAAGAAAAAAAAUAUUAAAGAAGUUCUUUUUAAUUUAUUAGCAAAUCGUGGUAGAGGUAAGUCAGCUACGUUAGGAUUAUUGCUCUCUUUAAGUAUAUAUUUUAAUUAUAGUAAUAUAAUAAUAUGUUCUGGGAAUAAUGAAGGUGUACAAACUAUUUAUGAUUUCUUAGACAAAGGAUUACAUAUUUUAGGUUUUAAUGAAUUUAAAGAUUAUGAAAAAAUAUAUGAUAUGGGUAAAAUCAAAGAAAUUGUAAUUUUUAAAAAUAUGAAAUAUUUAAAACAAAGAAUACGUUUCUUUGACAUUAUUGAAGAAGAUAUAUUAAAUUCAGAACUAAUGAUUAUUGAUGAAGCUGCAUGUAUUCCUAUAGAUAUUUUAAAAAAGAAAAUAAAAGGAGAAAUUACUAUAUUGUCAACAACAUUAAAUGGAUAUGAAGGUACAGGAAAAACAUUUACAUUUAAAUUAUUAAAACAAUUAAAAAAAAAAUUUAUAACACAAUUAUCAUAUGAAGAAUUUAAAAAUAUGAAUUUCUUAUAUUUUGAUAAAGCAUAUAUAGAUUUAACCUUAACAAAUCCUAUACGAUAUAGUUAUAAUGAUCAGGUAGAAAAAUGGCUAAAUGAUUUCCUAUGUCUAAAUUGUAAUGAACCUACAAAUAUAAAAGAAAAUAUCUGCUCCCCAUCAAAUUGUGAACUAUAUUUUGUAAAUAAAAAUAUUUUUAAAAAUUAUAAUAGAACUAGUGAAAUAUUAUUAAAAAAAAUUAUGACAUUAUUUAUAACAUCUCAUUAUAAAAAUACACCCAAUGAUAUUAUUAUGAUAUUGGAUUCGCAACAGCACCAUUUAUUUAUUUUAAUAAAUAAAAAUAAUCAUAAUAAUAAUCAUAAUAUAUUGGAAGAUCAAAUUGAUGAACUAGAUAUAUAUGGAGUUUUACAUUGUGCAAUAGAUGGUAUCAUAAAUAAUGGAAACAUCAAGAAAUCUGUAAAAUUAGAAGAUAUUAUUCAUUUAGUAAAAGAUAAUAAUACACAAAAUGAGAAUCCUACAUUGGAUACAAAGGAAAUAAACGAUUCAAUGGAUCAAAAAUUGGAAAAGAAAGAAAAUAUGAACCAUCUAAAUAGUGAUAAUCAAAAAAAUUGUGAUAAUAAUAAAGAACUUUUAAUAAAUGAAUAUGAAGGGAAUUUAAUUCCUUAUAUUAUUAGUGAUUAUUUUAAUUAUUAUUUUUAUAAUUAUAUCGGUAUACGUAUUGUACGUAUAUCUAUCCAUCCAUCUAUGCAAAACCUAAAUUAUGGAUCUGAAUUCUUAAAAAAACUUUGUAAUUAUUACAAUGAAUAUAAUUCAAAACAAAGACACGACAAUAACACAAAACAAAAAAUUAAAAUAAAUAAUAAUGAUGGUAAUAAUAUUGAUGGUAAUAAUAUUGAUGAUAAUGUGAAAAACAGUGAAAAUGUCAUAUUAUUUAAUUGUAGUGGGAAAAAUAUUUAUUUUGAUAAGAAAUUAAAACAGAUUGAUUAUAUUGGUACAUGCUUUGGAUUAACCAAAGGAUUAUUAAUCUUCUGGCAAAAAAAUAAAUUUAUCCCUGUUUUUUUAAAACAACAAAAAAAUGAAAUAACAGGUGAAUUUAGUGUUCUUAUGUUAAAACAUCUAAAUGAAGAUCUUAAACAUAUCAUAGCAAAUUUUUAUACUGAUUUUGUUAGAAGUGUUACCAAACUCUUACCAUAUUCAUUUAAAUAUAUGGAGUCCUUUAUUGUUUUUAAUUUAUUACAUAAUAAUAAUUAUUCUAUACCUUUAAAACAAGAUGAUGCUUCUAUAAUAGUUAACGAUCAUAAUAACACAAAUCAUACAUAUAACCAUAAUAUACAUAUAAAAAAUAAUCUUCAUAAUAAUCAUUUUUAUUAUGAUAAUUAUGAAGAUCAACAUUUAUCCUUUUAUAAUAAUAAUCUCAUCAAUCAAGAAACCAUUUUCUACUUUUUUCAUACGAAUGAUAUAUGUAGAUUAAAAAGAUUCGUUUUAGAAGGAAGAAAUUUCUAUGAAAUCCUAUAUCUAUUAUCUACAAUAGCAAACUUAAUAUUAUUUAAAAAAGUAAAAAUAGAUUUGAGCUUUUUAGAAUAUACCAUAUUAUAUGCUGUAGCAUUUCAAAAAAAAACACCUAAAGAAAUAUCAGAUGAAAUCAAAAUUAACGUAAAUCAAACAAAUGCAAUCUUUAGAAAAAUAAUACACCGAUUUUAUAAUUACAUCAAG